AUGCCUGUCGGCCAGAAGAAGGUUAUUAAGGCUAAGAAAAUCAAAGAAAUUAAGGCGCAGGAUGUUCCUGUCCUGCCAGCAAAAGAAACAAAAGGAAAGGGCAAGUCGAAGGUUGCCGCUCUUCCUGAGAUCGCUAAGAAACAUGCUACUACUGAAGUGAAGAAAGCUCCCAAGAAAAAUCCUUUGAUUCAAAAAAGACCGAAGAACUUUGGCAUUGGCCAGGCCAUCCAGCCCAGACGAAACGUCUACCGCUUUGUAAAAUGGCCGAAGUAUAUCGUGCUUCAACGUCAGCGGGCAAUUCUCAAGAAACGUCUAAAGAUCCCUCCCCCUGUUAACCAGUUCUCCGAAGCGCUUGACCGGCCUACUUCACUCCAAAUUUUCAACUUGUGUAACAAGUAUAAGCCAUUAACGAAGCAGGCCAAGAAGGCACAGCUCACUCACCGUGCGCAGAAGCGUGCUGGCGGUGCACCUGACACGCCGCAAGAGCGAAAACCAUGUGUGAAGUCGGGAAUUCGUGAAGUCACUGCCUCUGUUAUGAGCAAGAAAGCGCAGCUUGUGCUUAUCGCGCACGACGUGGAGCCUAUUGAAAUAGUGCUCUUCUUGCCUGCUCUUUGCCGUAAAAUGGGUGUUCCGUAUGCCAUUGUAAAGGGCAAGGCUCGUCUUGGCCGUGUUGUUCACAGGAAGAAUUGUACCUGUUUGGCAUUCACAACGGUCAAGUCCGAGGACAAACCGCGCUUGGCCAAAAUAAUCCAAACAGUCAAGACCAACUUCAAUGAUCGCCAUGAUGAGAUUCGUAAACACUGGGGUGGCGGUAUCAUGGGAUCCAAAUCACUUGCCCGAGUCGCGAAAUUGGAGAGGGCCAAGGCCAAGGAAUUGAAACUCAAAAUGAGUUGA